CAGAGAACGUUUUGGAUCUGAAUCAAGGGGUAACUUUCCACAUUCAGUAAAAAAUAUGGACUCCAGAACAGGAGGUGUCAAGACAAAUCAGCACCUGCAAGAUGAAAAGAAGGAAAAAACAGAGCGCCUUUAUCACAGACUUCAUCUUGAAGGCAGACACGAGUAUAAACUGAGAGCUUCAGAUGUUCUUCAGAUAUCAUCACAUUCAUUACAGUCUCAUGAGUCUUGUGCUGAAGAAGAGCUGGUCAAGAAUUAUCUACAGAAACUACUGAUGAUGAACUACAGAGCAAGAUUCAUUAAAACUAAAGAAACCAAUGACACACAACAAAGAAACAAUAACUUAGCUGAAGAUGAGGGGGAUUUUUUUGAUGAUGUUUCCAAUGAAGUGUCUUCAUCUAAUGCAGUGACAGGUACACCAGACUCUAUUCACCCGAUGGAUGUUCAGAUGGCUGUGUUUCAUUGUGCAGAUAGUCACUUAAAGCAGAUGAUGGUCACUAAACUCUCUCAGUGUCAGUUUGCUCUUCCUCUGCUUGUUCCUGAUCCAUUCACACAACAAAUUAAGUUUCCUCUCUGGACAUUCAGACAAAUCAACAAGAGCUGGAAGAUCAGAAAAACUGACAAUGUCAUCAUCAGUAAAGUCCAGUCAGUAUGUAAAGCAGAAACUCAAAUGGUGUCGUUCUUCAGGUUUGGUUCUGUGUCUUCAUCUAAAUCUCAGCUGAUGAACAGUCUGAUCAAUGAGAAACACAACACGUUCUUCACCAGAAACUGUCCAGGCAGCAGCAGAGACAGACUACUGAUGGAUGGAGUGGUGGAGAUCGCCUGGUACUGUCCAUCUGGAAAAGACACAGAUACAUUUACUGACUGUGUUGCCUUCUGUAAUCUUCAUGGUGAUGCAGGAGACAAUGAGACACAGAUGAAGAUCCUCACUGAAAUGUCUGCAGUCAAUGUUGUUCUUCUGACAAAACUUGACAAGAAUGACAAAAACGCACCAAAAAUUCAAAACCUGUACAAAAACAAAAAGCCACUCAUUUCUCUUCUUACUGAGGAUGAAUCUGCUGUUACUGAGAUGAGGAAAGGAAAAUACAAAAUUGGUUUGAAGGACAGGAAUCAGUCAGAUGUAUCUGAAGAAAUCAUAAGAGCUAUAAAUGAUUGUCUCCCAUCUUCAGUGUUCAGACUUGAAGACGUGUCCAAACACUCCGAUAUCACAGUAGAUGAAGAAGAUGAUGAAGACUGCAGGAGAGGAAGAGAAGCAGCACAAGAGAUGAUGAAAUUACUGAAGAAUAAACAUCUGACAGAAAUCAAAGAAUCAUUUCUGCCCUGUCAGGGGAAACUGUGGCUUCAGUGGUGUAAGAAAAACAAAGAACUUCAUCAACCUCAAGGGGAAGAACUGGAACAAGAAAUAAGCCGAAAACAAACAGAAAUGAAGAAGAUUCGUGAAAAGCAAUAUCAAAAUAACUUAAGUGGAUUUAUAAAGUAUUUUUUAAAAAAUAUGAUUGCAAAAGAUUUUAGUCCGAUUUUUAUCCUGAACUGGCUCAGAAUUCUCAUGGAUGAAUUCACCUCUGCUGAUCUUUCUGGAUUACAUAACAAGUAUAAUGAAAAGUGGGCAACUGUUAUAAAACUGAAAGAAAAUGAUAAACCUAAAUCAGAGCAAGCAGAACAACUCAAAGAUGCACAAACAGAACUUGAGCGAAUAUCUGAAGAACUUCAGGCAGCAACCUUUGGCCUGGAGCACAUCAUGAGAGAGAUCGGUCAGAUCUAUGAAUCAUGUUUAUCUGUGAAGAAGAACAAAACAGAUCUUCAGUUUGACUUCUCUUCUCUACCGAGUCUUGCAGCAGAUAUGAUGGUGUCUGGAUUUCCACUGGAGCUGAUGGAUGGAGAUGCUGCUCAUGUUCCUGUCAUGUGGGUUACUGCUGUUCUAGAUGAACUCAUUCAGAAACUGGGAGAUCAUAGAGUGUUUGUUCUGUCAGUUUUAGGGAUUCAGAGCUCUGGGAAAUCCACCAUGUUGAAUGCAAUGUUUGGACUUGAGUUUACAGUCAGUGCCGGCCGCUGCACCAGAGGAGCUUUCAUGCAGCUGAUCAGAGUCUCAGAGGAGAUGAAACAUCAGAUGAAGUUUGAUUAUAUUCUGGUUGUUGAUACUGAAGGUCUUCGGGCUCUAGAACUGGCUGAAAAAUCCUCAAGACAUCAUGACAAUGAACUGGCCACAUUUGUUGUUGGUCUUGGACAUCUGACAUUGAUCAACAUCUUUGGAGAAAACCCGUCUGAGAUGCAGGAAAUUCUUCAGAUUAUUGUUCAGGCCUUUCUGAGGAUGAAGACGGUCAAACUGAAUCCCAGCUGUAUUUUUGUACAUCAGAAUGUUUCAGACGUCACAGCUGGAGAGAAAAACAUGGAUGGAAAGAGAAAACUUCAGAAGACACUGGAUGAGAUGACAAAACUAGCUGCUAAAGAUGAAGUCUCUGAUGCAGAAUGUUUCAGUGAUGUCAUUGCAUUUGAUGUACAGAAUGAUGUGAAGUAUUUUGCUCAGCUGUGGGAAGGAAGUCCACCAAUGGCACCACCAAACCCAAACUACUGUGAGAAUAUUCAAGAACUUAAGAAAACUAUUAUCUCUCAAGCCUCAAAAUCAGAUGGAAUGAAGCUGACAGACCUACAAAAGCGAGUUCAAGAUCUCUGGGAGGCUUUACUGAAUGAACAAUUUGUGUUCAGUUUCAGAAAUUCUCUGGAGAUUUCAGCAUACAGGAGACUGGAGACAGAAUACAGCAAGUGGACGUGGACUCUUCGCAGUGCAAUGCUGGAAAUUGGGAACAAACUACACAACCAAAUAGUGAAUGAAACAAUUCAUGAGGUUAAUGAAAGAUAUCUUCAAAAAGAACUGAAGCAGAAAAGUGAUGAAGUGAUUAAAUCAAUGUCAGAAUUAUUUGAGAAAGACACAGAUAAAGAUAUCAUGAUUCAGUGGAAAGUGUCAUUUGAAAUAAAAAUUAAAGAGCUUCAGGAAAACAUUGUGAGAGAAACAAAAAUAAAGUUAAAUGAGAUUCUUCAGCAGCGAGACCUGAAGAGAAAGAUUGAUGCUCAGAAGACACAUCAUGAAAACAAUCUCCUAGAAAAGAGCAAAGAACUUGCUUUGAACCUCAAAGAAAAAGCAAACGAUGAAAAAAUUCUGAAGGAAAAGUUUGAUUUGUUCUGGGAAGAUUGUGUGAAGAAGAUUACAACAGAUUCUCCUCCAAUCAAAGACAUUGACAUACUGAGAGAUGUUAAAGAACUCCUCAGUGACAUCCAUGAAAGUGUCCAUGCUGACACCUGGAAGAACAUGAGGAAUAUUUUCAAUGUGCCAAAUUUUUCUGAUUAUGUUCAAUUCAAGAAAUCCGAUGGAGUUACAGGACAUUUACAAAAUGUCUGGAAAACAGUUAAAGGGAAGUUAGUGCCUCUUUUAUCAAAUGAGGAUGAAACACAAAUAAGAAGCCUGAUCUCAGAUGUUACUCAUCAAACAGAUAACACAAUCAAGUCAUUUGAUAUUUCCAAGAUGGGCUACAACAAAAGCUGCAUUCAAAUACUCACAGAUCACAUCAAGGCAAGAAUAACAGAAUACGAGGAAAGACACGUGAAAUAUGUGUUCAAGAAGGAAUUCUUCAUGGAUUUCAUAUUUUCUAUAUUUAAGAAAGCAAACAAGACAUUCACUGAUCAACACAGAAUGUUCAGAGAAGCCAAUGAUCCUGAUCUCUAUCUGGAGAAGAAGAGAAGAGAAUACUAUAGUAUUUUCCAGAAAUACUGUAAAGGAGCAACAUCAGCUGCUAUUUUUGGUGAGAUCAUCUGUCAGAAACUGAAAGAACCCACUGAACAGAGUGUCUACAGACAGACCGCCAGAGAUUUAGCAGAUGAGAUGAGAUCAAACUGUCCAUCACUGAAUGGAAACAGAUCAAAUAGGGAUAAUCACAUCCUGAAGAGACUGGCAGAAGAGGAGAACUUUAACAAAUACAUCAACUACAUUAAAAACCCCAAAGAUCACUUCAAGAGUUUCAUCAGAGAUGAAGUGAGUCAGUACAUUAGUAGAAAGUUUAUUGGCAGUGUUAAGCCCAAGAUGAAUCUGAACAUUGAACUCCUGCAGAAGAAGAUCAUGACAGCAGCACAUGAAUCUACUCAACAUGUUCAAGAGAACAGAGGAAAUGUUGAUGUGUGGUUGGAGUUUUUCACGCAAAAGCUCUCAGAUGUUCUGAUGUUCUCUGUGAAGGACUUCAGUGGAGUCAAACAUGAUGAUGUUGAUUUUAAACUUCUAGAAGAUGUGAUAAGAACAAAACUUCCCUCUACCAUGUCUGAUAUCAGCAGAGAAUUCAACACAGAUACAUUUGAUGAAAAACUGGAUGAGAACAACAGACCAGAUGAGAUUCUGAUUGAUCACUUGUGUCGGUGCUGUUGGGUUCAGUGUCCGUUCUGUGCAGCCAUCUGCACCAACACACUAGAGAACCAUGAUGAAAAACACAAUGUUACUUUCCAUCGUGUUAUCGGACUGAAUGGCUGGUCUUACAGAGGAACAACAAACGUAUCUAUCAACAUCUGCACAUCAUCAGUAGCAGGAGAUGGAUCUUUUCAUCCAAACGCCUCAGAUGACACAGUCCACUGGAGAGAAUACAAAACAGCAGGAGGAGUUUAUGAAAAAUGGAGCAUCACCCCUGACCUCACUGAACUGCCCUACUGGAAAUGGUUUGUGUGCAGAUUCCAGAAAGAUCUGGAAAAGCAUUAUAAUAAAACAUUCCAGGGUCAUGGUAAAAUUCCUGAUGAAUGGAGAAAAAUCACAAAACAGGAAGCUAUUGUGAGUUUGGAUAAAUAAUCUAAUGAAAUGAGGUCAGGUGUUUAAUUCACAAAACACAGUCUGAAAAGAAAAAAUGCACAAAUUUGACAAUUAAUUGUUUAAAAUAGUUCAUGUGACGUAACAUCUGCAUGUGCAUUCGAAGUGUGCUGAGUACAAGUCUGCAGGUCUACAACUGUUGCACAUUGUUGCACAUUGUGUGGCGGGUUUAAGGACACAACAUCAUUUAUGCUCAUUUUCUGGAAUGUUUCCAAAUUCAUUUUUUCAACCCACUUACAUGUUUAGAUCAAUGUUUAGAUCUUUUAAAAGUAAACCGAACCUGGCAAUGAAUACUGAAAUACUCUUUAUAAUAUAGUAUAGCCACAAGGUGAAGUACUGGGAUUAUGUGACAGAAUUAGUCUGUUAUAUAUACUAAUUUAAAAAACUUAAAGGGAUAGUUCACACCAAAAUAUAUAUUCUGUCAUCAUUAACCACCUCAAGUCGUUCCAAAUCUGUAGAAUGUCUUUGUUCUGUUAAACACACAAAAAAAAAGAUAUUUGGAAGAAUAUCAGCUAUUUUCAGUUUUGGGACAUCAUUGACUACCACAGUAUUGCAAAAAUGUUGUAUAUUAUUUCUGUUCUGUUCAAGACAAAAUGAAAUAUUUGAAAGAAUUUAUGAAACCAAACAGUUAUGGGGCACCUCAGAAUACCAUUUACAUUUUUCUACUAUUGUAGAAUGAUGUCCCAGAACUGACAAUUGCUUACAUUCUUCCAAAUAUCAUUACAUUUUUUACCGAUUUGGAACAACUUGAGGGCGAAGAAAUUAUCAUUUUUGGUCAUUGAACUAACAUUUUGUUUUCAUGAUGAAGACUGUAAACUUUGCAUAAUAACUGAUGGAUUUUGCUAAAGGCUGCAUGGAAAAACAUACGUUGCUAAAAAAAUAUGGUAUGAUCAGCAAAUAUCUUUUCUUAACAAAACGUUUAACUUUUUCUUGAAGUUAAACCAAUUAGAUAAUGUUUAGAUCUUUUAAACAGGUGCAGUAAAUUUCUCAAGGUGAUAAUAUGACCUUUUUAAUUACGAUAUGUAUAUGGGAAAUAGACUAUCAAUGCUUUUCUUUAUUCUAUCUCUCAUUUGCUUUAUUUGUGCUUCAUUUG